AUGCCUUCAAUCUCUCUGGUGUAUCUCUUCAAGCGGCUGGCCAAGGCUUGGUGCCGAAACCCAGGACGGGAGGCACGGCAGACCCAGGAGUGGGCCAGCAGAGGGAGAAGCUGGUGCAAAUCGGCCACGCAGCAGGAGCAGGCGGCGGUGUGGCGCCGCCGGCGGGAAGAGCUGCAGGACCAGACUGAACGCCACCUGCAGAGGAUGGAGUAUCUGGCGGCGCUGAUCCAGUCCUGCCCGACACCGCCGCCACCCCCACCGGCGCUCCCCAAUGGCGCUGGGGUGGAGAAGAUCCGGUCUGUUCAGGUGCCUGUUCCAGCCCCCUGGUUGCGACCAGCCAGGACCCAGCCUGCCACCGCACCCAUCCCCACUCCGCAGGUGGGGGCGGCUUGUACCCGGCCAGGGCCUGCACCUGUUCCUGCUCCCCGGAGGAGGGCCACAGAGCAACCACUGGGUCCACCACCACCAGCUCACCCACCUGCUCAGCCCGAGCGGGAGGUCAGCGAGCGGAGAGCACAGGAAGGACCUGCCAAGCCGUCGCUGGAGGAGGAGGUGAAGUGCGAGGGUCCGUGCCUGCCGGAUGAGGAGGAGCUGCGGGAGGGUUCGCGCCUGCUUGUGGAGGGAGCGCGCGAGGAUCCGCACCUGAUGGGGGUGGAGGAGCUGCUCCAGCCUGGAGUGGCGGCGGAGAAGGUGCCGCGUGAGGGGUUGCUUCAGCCGGGAGCUGCGGCGGAGGAGGAGCCCAAGGUCCCCGUGCCAGGGAAGCCUGCUCGGCCGGAGGGCAAGCUGUGUGAUGGCCCCGCCAAGUCUGAGGGCGGCAUGCUGGCCAGACUGGCCUCAUCUCCACCAGAGGUCGGCGCGCCAAUUGAUCCUAUGUCGGCCCAGCCACCUGUGGAAGACUGGAAGCUUGUGCUGCUGUUUGUGCCCGCAGAUUUCAUAUGUGCCUGUUCGUCACAUGUUGAAGAAGAUAUUGAGGCUGCGGUGCAGGAAGUGGAAGCAGCUCUGCAGAUACUGCAGAAACGGCUGCAUCGUACUUUAGUUCAUGUGGUCACCUGGAGUGGAUAUCAUCAGCAAGAUAACACGUGUGAGUGUAAUGCCAAACGCCUAUAUAAAGCAACUCUCCUGAAAGCACUGCAGGAUACUCUGAGCCAUGUCUUCAAAAAUCCAAAGUGGAACAACAAUGGUGCAGACUUCACUGUUAUGUUGCAUUCAGCCCCAGCUAUCCUUGAGCCCCAAUCAGACCCUUCUAGCCUUGACCAGUUGACUAUUCAACUCUGGACAAACCUGUUUCAGCCACUGACAAGUGAGCCCAAGGUUACUGACAGAAAUGCCAUAACUUUUCCUUGCCCUAACCAGGAGCAUCCUUUCCUGCGUACACAGAUUAAUUCCCCUCCUGAAACAGUGGAGGAAUUUUACAACAAAGCAGAAGUUCAAGAGAUGGGUACCGAGAUACCUUGCACAGACCGUAGCCCGUCUAACACCAUACCCACAUCAGUUAAUGAGCUCAAACCUGGAGACAUCAAGGUGGUGGCAGCGCUUGGUGACUCCCUGACAGCAGCCAAUGGUGUAGGUGCAAAAUCAGAUAACUUGUUGUUACUGCUUAAUCAGUACAGAGGAUUGUCAUGGAGCAUUGGUGGUGACGAAAACAUAACCACUGUGACAACUCUGGCCAACAUCCUGAGGGAGUUUAACCCCUCCCUGACUGGAUUCUCUACAGGAAUCAGUGGACAGAACAAUGAUAAAGCCUUUCUCAAUCAGGCUGUUGCAGGAGCAAAGAGCGAUGACAUGGCAGGACAGGCGCGCAUCCUAGUGGACAAAAUGAAAAGCGAUUCGCGUAUCGAUUUCAACAAUGACUGGAAAGUUAUCACCAUGUUCAUUGGUGGAAAUGACAUAUGCGCCUACUGCAAGGACACUAACUAUUACUCACCCAGGAAUGUGGUCCGUCGGAUCAGUGAAGGUCUAGACAUACUCCACAGUGAAGUGCCUCGUGCCGUUGUCAAUCUGGUAGAGCUGUUUAGCGUCAAACAGCUGCGUGAUCUGCACAGCAAUUCAACUUUGGGGUGUCCAACUUGGCUUGCAAAUAUGUUUUGCUCCUGUGUCCUGAGUCCUAAAGACGGAUCAGCUGAACUCGAGAUGCUUGAGACCUACAACACAGGCUACCAGGUUGGCAUGCAACAGCUCGUUGACUCUGGGCGGUAUGACACGCAUGAUAACUUCACUGUGAUACUACAGCCCUUCCUUAGAGGGCUUUCUCUUCCCAAGUUACAGGACGGCCAGCCCGAUCGCUCUUACUUUGCCCCUGACUGUUUUCAUCUCAGCCAGAAAGCUCACACACUCAUGGCCCGUGGUCUGUGGAACAAUAUGCUUGAGCCACUGGGCAAAAAGACUGCUACACAAAACUUCACGGAUGGCGUUGAUUUGAUUUGUCCCUCUGAGACAGUCCCAUUCAUUAGGACGGCUGUUAAUAGCGACUACACCUUUCCAGGCCCACCACCCACUCCUGCUCCAGUCCCAAACUGGGGGAGUGACUUCUCCUGUUCAAACACGGCACCGUCCAACUCUGUGCCCACUUCAGCUCACAAGGUGCGACCAGCAGACAUCAAGGUAGUGGCUGCUCUAGGAGACUCUUUAACGGCUGCCUUUGGUGCUAAAUCACAAAGUCUGGCGGAACUAAGUACUGAGUACAGAGGAGUGUCGUGGAGCAUUGGAGGUGAUGAUACUCUUGAGACUGUCACAACAUUACCCAAUAUCCUUAAGAAGUUUAAUCCUGAUGUCCAAGGAAUGUCAAAGGGAACAGGAACACAGGAGGCUGGUUUCAAUGUGGCCGUAUCAGGCGCUAAAAUAUCACAAAUUCCGGCACAGGUCAGACGCCUUAUUGAUGCCAUGAAAGAGAACCCAGCCGUGGAUUUUGAGAACGACUGGAAGCUUGUGACCCUCUUCAUCGGAGGGAAUGACCUGUGUCAGUACUGCAACGAUCGGGCCAUGCACUCACCUAAGAACUACAGCUAUCAUAUGAUGACAAGCUUGAACAUACUGUACAAUGAGGUUCCCAGGACGAUUGUGAACGUGCUGGGGAUCCUGGAAAUUGAAGGUCUUCGCAAGAUCAAUAAGGACACCCUAGGGUGCAGUGUGGUGCAACAGUUUGUCUGCCGAUGCUUCUUGGACCCGGGAGAGAAUUCACCAGAGCUGGCAGAAGCAAAACGAAUCAAUCGGGAAUACCAGACUGAAACCGAAAAACUGUUGCAUGGAGGUCGCUAUGACGACAGAGAGGAUUUUGCUGUGGUUCUCCAGCCUUUUUUUAAAAGCACCAUCUUACCUUUCAAUGCUGAAGGCCAACCUGAUGUCACAUACUUCUCCCAGGACUGUUUCCACUUCAGUGAACGGGGACAUGCUGACAUGGCUGUAGCUCUAUGGAAUAACAUGAUGGAACCAGUGGGGGAAAAACAGACGUAUAACGCCUUUUCAAAUGGCAGAGAUAGAAUCAAGUGUCCUACUGAGGAACAUCCUUACAUCUUCACAAAGAUAAACAGUGUGGCUCCUGCAGUCACAGCCACACCACCCAUAACUGGCAUCACACCACAACCCUCGGGCAAUCCAAAGUGCCCUAACACUGUGCAAGCAUGGCUCGCUGCUGUGCUGACUGUUGUUGGCCUUCUGAUUGGUUCGGCUAUCACCUGGCUCUUCUUCUCCUACAAAGCCAGGAAGAACAAGAAGAAGAUGAUGACUUCGGGGCAGAUGAAGGGCACAGAAUUUUAAAUUUGUUAUGUUUUUUCAUGGGGCUAUUUAGGGGGGAAAAAUAAAGAGCUACACAAACACUGACGAUGAGGCUGUUU